UUAAAAUCAAGAUGGCGGCCCACAGUGCGUUUCUCUCAGUUUCCAAAAUUGUAAAUCCUUUCUGGCGUAGACGCCUUGGAAAUACGACUAAAAUAUUUGGGACAACUUUGACAAGUCACAGGAACAAAACAUUUCUUUCUAGAGAAAACAUUCCCCCUCCUGCAAAGUAUGGAGGCAAACAUACUGUGACCCUCAUACCUGGAGAUGGAAUUGGCCCAGAGCUUCUCAGUCAUGUCAGAGAGGUUUUCAGGUUCAGCUGUGUCCCUGUGGACUUUGAGGUGGUUCAUGUCAACUCUGCCUUGGAGACAGAGGAUGAUAUCAAUAAUGCAAUUACUGCCAUCCGCCGUAAUGGAGUUGCCCUUAAAGGCAACAUAGAAACCAAACAUACCAUGCCUCCAUCUGUGAAAUCCAGAAAUAAUCUCCUACGCACAAGCUUAGAUCUGUACGCCAAUGUGAUGCACUGCCAGUCCCUCCCUGGAGUCCAGACUCGUCACAAGAACAUUGACAUCAUGAUCAUUAGGGAGAACACAGAAGGAGAAUACAGCAGCCUGGAGCACGAGAAUGUGUCAGGGGUGGUAGAGAGUCUGAAGAUCAUCACCAGGAACAAUUCCCUCAGGAUUGCUGAGUAUGCAUUCCAGCUUGCCAGGGAGAAGGGUCGCCGCAGGGUCACCGCUGUGCAUAAGGCUAACAUCAUGAAGCUCGGUGAUGGAUUGUUCCUGCAGUGCUGCAGAGAAGUGGCUGCUGGAUAUCCAGAUAUCACAUUUGACUGCAUGAUUGUGGACAACACCACCAUGCAGCUUGUGUCCAAACCUGAGCAGUUUGACGUAAUGGUGAUGCCUAAUCUGUACGGAAAUGUUGUCAGCAACGUUUGCGCCGGUCUGGUGGGGGGUCCUGGCCUUGUGCCUGGUGCCAAUUAUGGCUGUGACUACGCUGUAUUUGAAACGGCGACGAGGAAUACAGGGAAAAGUAUUGCAGGCAAGAACAUUGCUAAUCCCACUGCCAUGCUGUUAGCCAGCUGCAUGAUGCUAGACCACCUCAAGCUUUAUGAUUAUGCAAACUUGAUCAGGAAUGCAGUUCUCACCACAAUGAAUGAAACUAGGUUGCACACAGCAGAUCUGGGAGGUCAGGGCACCACAUCAGAGGUGGUCCAGUCCAUCAUGAGGAUCAUCCAGAGUAAAGGACAGCUCACUUUAGAGAUCUAACCCACGCUGACAUCACAGUUCUUCCACUUCAUCAGUGGGUCUAAAGAGGCGUCUGCAUCCAGCCAGGAACAGGAAGUUUGUUGUAGCUUCACACAGAUUACUGAUCAGUUCGCUCAGAAGAAAACAUCUGUCCACUCCUGUCUUGAUUCAUGUACAAAACAAAGUAAGCUGCUCUGAGACUUCUUAAACUCUUUUUUUUUUUAUUAAGUUCUUGUUCACUCUUUUGAGAUAAUGAAUUCUUCUGUAAGACUAGUUUUUGCUACGGUUUCAACUGAGCAGCGUUUAUCAAUUUCAGAACUGUGUCUUCACAAAUUGACACAUUAAAGGGCCUCUAACUAUUGUUGUAUGCAUUCACCAACGUGAAUUAUUUAUUUUUCACAUCCGAACUAUGUUACAGCCUUUUCUAAUCAACCAGAAUAUAUAAUGUUUAUGCACAGCCAUAACAUUUUCUUGUCCCUUUCACGUAUAUUUAUACUCGCCGUGUGGAAAAUGCUGAUCCAGCUGUUUCCAUUUAUAUUCUGUCAUUAGACCAGAAUACAUCAAGUAGCUGCUGUGAGCUCAGCUUUUAUGUUUGUGCCACAGUGGUGUUUAUAUCCAAGUGGAUUAUAUUUCAAGGUUUUGUUAACAAAUGCUCUGAUAUUACAGCAUGUUCCUUGUAAGAGGAUACCUUUACUGUAUUACAUGAUCAAUAAAAUU